AUGGCGGUCCGAGCACAGUUCGAGAACUCCAACGAAGUGGGCGUCUUCGCCAACCUCACCAACAGCUACUGCCUCGUCGCCGUCGGGGCCUCGGAGAACUUCUACUCCAUCUUCGAAUCCGAGCUCGCCGACCUCAUCCCCAUCGCCCACUGCACCAUCGCCGGCACCCGCAUCGUAGGCCGCCUGACCUCUGGGAACAAGAAGGGCCUGCUGGUCCCCACGUCCACCACUGACCAGGAAUUACAACACAUACGGAAUACUCUGCCCGACGAGGUCAAGGUUGAGAGGAUAGAGGAGAGAUUAUCGGCGCUUGGGAACGUCGUGUGUUGCAAUGACCAUGUCGCCCUCGUCCACCCGGACCUCGAACGCGAAACCGAGGAAAUCAUCGCCGACACCCUCGGCGUUGAGGUUUUCCGCCAAACCAUCGCCGGCAACGUACUGACGGGCUCCUACAUGUCCCUCUCGAACCAAGGGGGCAUCGUGCACCCGAAAACGAGCAUCCAAGACCAAGACGAGCUGAGUUCGUUACUGCAAGUGCCUCUCGUCGCGGGCAGUGUCAAUCGCGGCAGCCCCGUCGUCGGUGCCGGCAUGGUCGUCAACGACUGGCUGGCCGUGACCGGCAUGGAUACCACAGCUACAGAACUGAGUGUGAUCGAGAGUGUCUUCAGACUGGGCGAAGGCGGACCCGGCGGCCUGGACGCCAGGAUGAAGGCGAACAAAGAGAGCAUUGUCGAGAGCUUCUAUUGA